CGACUGGGAAAAUUAGGGGGAAAUCAGGGAUUUUGGGUUGCAGGUAGAUUGGGAAAGGUAGGUUGAGAAAGAAUAAGGGGAAGAACCAAAGAACCCAGAAUGAACGAUGAAGACGAGAACCAAAGCAGAUGGGGAAGAACCCAACAAGACGGGGAAUGAGAAUUAGGGAUUUUCAGUUUAGGGAGAAAAAAGAUGGGGAAGAAGAUGGUAGAGAUUUUUGGUUUGUUGCUCUGGUUGGAUGAGGAAGAAGAUGGGCAAGAAGACAGGGAAGGAACAUGGGGAAGAAACACAGCCAGAAGUAUUAGAGGUGGAGGAAGAAGAGCGACGGUUCCUAGUUGUAGAACUCGUGCUGGAGGUGGUUGUGGAGCAGUGGACGAGAAAAGCAGAUAUAUCCGUUUACCAGAAGAGAAGGGAGAGGAGAGAUCUGGGUUUUCUCAGGCUUGCUGAACUAACAACGGGAGAGGAGAGAUCUUCCUCUUUGAAACCUAGAUUUGGGUUUCAAAAAAAAUUUAGAAUUUGCGAGAUGAAAUCAUCGAACUAUCCUAUUUUAGUUUUGAAGCUGUUUUGAUUGCUAUAGAUAUUUUCUUCAUCUGGUGCAUUUCUUUUGUGGUAGAUAGAUUGUGAUUGAUCUUCAUCUGAUAUUUUCUAAAUUGUGAUUGCUAUAGAUAUUUUCUUCAUCUGGUGCAUUUCUUGUGCGUUUCUUUUGUGGUAGAUCUUCAUCUGAUAUUUUCUAAAUUGUGAUUGGUAUUGGUAUGCUGUAGAGUUCUACAGAGUUUGUUUGAAACCCAGAUCUAGGUUUCAUCACAAUUAACAAUUAAAAAUUUU